UAUAGUAUAAAUAUAAUUAAAUUUUAAAUAUUUUAAAUAAAUAGUAAGUUCGAAUCCGGAUCCGGAUAUCCAGACCUAAAAUUUCAUUAUCCGGAUCCGUAUCCGGAUCUACCGAAUCCGUAAAAUCAAGAUCCGGAUCCGAACACCCCCCCCCCCCCGAUAUCCGUUUUUCGGAUCGGGUCGGAGUAAAUCCCAGAUCGGAUAACGGAUCUCGGAUAUAGGUACCAUCCCUAAUUGUCAUAGGUGUUUUAUAAUAUUACAUUAUUAUUAUUUGUGGGCUUAGAUAUUAAUUCCUGUUGAGAACUUCACCACUCGUGUUUGCUCUUAGGCUAUUAAAUAAUCAAAAUAUAUUUUGUAUUAAAUACGAACUGCCUAAGUUCUGCCAGUUCUUUUCCAUUUUUUUUACCAGUAACUAAUCUUACAAUACUAAAAGCACAAUAAGCUCAAAAUCUAAGGUGUCCACCUAGGAUUAUUAAUUCCAGCCAAUGGUAAAGCUUUAUCUCUCCACAUCACCAUCGGUUUUGACUAUUUGGUACGUAUCAGAGACUAGAUUUGAAACAUACAAUUGGAUAUAUUUAGUGGGCUUAUAAAAAUAUGUUUAGCCCAUAUCAUCACCACUGCAAUAACUGUCGUAACUCUUUUUUUUCGUCCACAAAACUAUCGUAACCUUAAUUUGCUCUUCUCUUACCUUUCCACUUCCACCUCUUCCAUUACUCUUCUACACUUGCUGGCCACACGUCCUAUAAUCAGAAGCUUAAAGAUAUUUAUCGCAUAUAACUAAUUAUAUUCAAAAGAUCAGAAUUAAAUCAAGUAAUAUGGUUAUUUUUGGUACAAAUAUCUAAACCCGUUUUAGAUAUAUUGGUUAUUUAAAUAUUUUUAGGUAUCUUCUAUACAUUAGAACCGAACUCAUCUAGCCCUGGAAGUACCCAACUCGAAACCACACAUAAAUUUAAAAUAUCCAAGUGGGGCCUGAUUCUAAAUUACAAAACCAACUGAGAAGGAACAACCCGUAUCUGAAUGGGUACCCAAUGUUCAUGCCUUACUGAUUUAUAAACUAAUAAAAAGAUUUUUUUAUAUGUUUGACUAAAUUAAGUAAAAUAGAAAUAAUUUUUUAUUUAGUAAAAUAGUUAAUUGGAGUAAAAAAUUAAGUGACAAUAAAUGUAUUACAUUUUUAUUAUUUUUAUUUAAGUUAUUAUUUUAUUCACAUAAACAUGUGUUUGACUUAUGUAAACUAAUAAAAAGAUUAUAACCGUAAGGUUAAUUAAUCUACACUUAGGUUUUAAAGUUGAAGAGUGGAGUAUGUUUUUGGAAUGUGAAAUUUAAAAUUCUAAUAAAUAUAUAAAUAAAUACUUCAAAAUAUAAAAAAAAUUACAAAAUAGUUUCAAAAAUAUUUUUUCGAUUUUCAAAAAGAAAUUUGAAAAAAAUAUCAAUUUUUAUACAAAAUUCCAAAUUGAAUUUUUUUUAUUAUUUAUUUAAAGAAUUAUUUAUUAUAUAUAUAUAUAUAUAUAUAUAUAUAACAAAUGUAUAAAAUUCUUUUGCCACUUAAUGAAGAAUAUAUUUUUGAAAAUAUCUAUUUAGUGGUGGUAACAUGAAUAAUGAUACCAAAAAAGUGAUAAACAUGAAAAUUCUCCUAUAAUUAAUAAAAUCAUUAAACUGAGUAAAAAUAGAAAGAUAAUUAAUGUAAUAGUUUGUUGAAAAGAAAAAUAGUUCUAUUUGUAUUUCAGUUUUUAAUAGUAUACAUUCCAAAUUUUGAAUAUUUUUAUUAAAAUAAUUAUUGGAAACUGGAAGAGUUAUACGUUUAUUAUCAAAAUAAAAUAUUUUUAACAUGUGUAAAACAUAUAAAUUAAGGGUAUGUAAACCGCGCGUAGCGCGGUUAAAAGAGCUAGUAAUAAGUAAUAACGACAUUUUCCAUUUUUUUGACCAGGAACUAAUAAGUAAUAACGACAUUUAUAAACUAAAUAUGUCGUCAUCUCCGAAUAAUAGCUUCUAGUCUCAAACAGAAAACUUUCCAAAUAAAAUUUGAAAACAACAUUGUUAAUUGUUCAUGUCGACAUUGUCUCUUCAACAUUGUUAAUAUCUCUAACCUAUCAAACAAAUUCUAUACCUCAGAUAAACCUCUGUAAACAAAAAUCUUUUAUAAAUAACUUAUUUAAAAUAAGCAGCGUGAGUUUGUUCACUGUUACAAACCCACAAAGGAAGAGAAAAAAAGUCAAAACCCUAACGUGUACAUCAAGUGCCAAAGAUGGGUUGCUUCUCAAAAACCCUAAUUUUAGCUUUCGUUUUCUUGUUGGUUACUCUACCUCUUCUUGCCUCAGCGACGGAGGUAGAAAACGAAUGUGGUGGCUCCAAUGGAAGAGCCUCCGCUGCGGAGAAGGCAACGGUUCUGAAGUACAAGAUCGGAGCCUUCUUCUCCAUCUUAGUCGCCGGGGUAUUCGGAGUAUGUUUACCUAUCUUCGGUCUCAAGUCAGAGAGCAACUUCUUCAUGUUUGUGAAGGCAUUCGCCGCAGGAGUAAUCUUAUCCACUGGUUUCGUCCACAUCCUUCCAGAUGCCACCGAGAGUCUCACGAGUCCGUGCCUUGGAGAAGAGCCACCGUGGGGAGAUUUUCCUAUGACGGGACUAGUCGCUAUGGCUGGAGCGAUCUUGACCAUGUUGAUUGAGUCUUUUGCUUCAGGGUGUUUGAACAGGUCUCGGUUGGAGAAGAAGACUUUGCCGGUGAGUACUGGUGGAGAUAAGGAGGAGCAUUCUCAUAUUGGCUCUGCUCAUACUCAUGCCUCACAAGGACAUUCUCAUGGCUCUUUUCUUGUUCCUCAAGAUGAUCUGAGGAAAAGAAUCGUAACACAGAUAUUAGAGCUGGGGAUUGUGGUUCACUCAGUGAUAAUAGGGAUAUCUCUGGGAGUAUCUCCGAGUGUAAGCACAAUAAAGCCUCUCUUGGCAGCAAUCACUUUCCAUCAGCUCUUUGAAGGUUUUGGUCUUGGUGGUUGCAUCUCUGAGGCAAAGUUUGGAGUUAAGAAAAUUUGGAUUAUGGUAUUAUUCUUCGCACUCACGGCACCGGCAGGGAUUGGAAUUGGUAUUGGAGUUGCUGAGAUUUACAAUGAGAAUAGCCCAAUGGCACUAAAAGUGUCUGGUUUUCUUAACGCUGCAGCCGCUGGAAUCUUAAUUUAUAUGGCACUUGUUGAUUUGGUAGCUCCACUAUUCAUGAACCACAAAGCUCAAAGUAGUAUGAAAAUACAAUUGGCUUGUAGUUUUGCUCUUGUUCUUGGUGCUGGUUUGAUGUCCCUUUUAGCUGUUUGGGCUUGAAGAAGUUUUGUUUCUUUGCUUCUUGAGGUUUUGUGUUUUAGUUGUUUGGGCUUUAUAUAUGUUUCAGUUACUUGAGACCUUUUAGAAAAAAAAACAAUUUUAUUUUGAUUUAGAUUUGGAUACAAAUACAAUGAUAUAUCUGUCAAUUUGG